GCCAGUCUUCUUGCAGCAGGCGUGUGGCCGGCUGCUUGUUGCAGUGCGCGGUGCGAACUAACACACACGAGUUCGCGGUCAUAGGCUCGAACGAACAUCGAAAUCGACGGUCAGUGCGGUGACCAUGAUGAUGGACAACGGGGUGAUAACAAAUAAUUAUGAGUACGGGGAUGGGUACAUGGAACAAGAGGAGGAAUGGGAGCGCGAGGGUCUCCUAGACCCGGCUUGGGAGAAACAACAAAAAAAGACCUUUACAGCAUGGUGCAACAGUCACCUGAGGAAGGCCGGCACUGGCAUCGAAAACAUCGAAGAUGACUUCCGCAAUGGACUUAAGUUAAUGCUAUUGCUCGAAGUCAUCUCGGGUGAAACUCUACCCAAGCCCGACCGCGGCAAGAUGCGUUUCCACAAGAUCGCCAACGUCAACAAAGCGCUGGAUUUCAUUGCAUCCAAAGGUGUAAAAUUGGUAUCCAUCGGUGCUGAAGAAAUCGUCGAUGGUAACCUUAAGAUGACGCUUGGUAUGAUUUGGACCAUCAUUUUGAGAUUCGCUAUCCAAGACAUCUCGGUAGAAGAAAUGACCGCAAAGGAAGGUCUACUUCUCUGGUGCCAACGCAAGACUGCACCUUACAAGAAUGUCAAUGUUCAGAACUUCCAUCUUUCCUUCAAGGAUGGUUUGGCCUUCUGUGCCCUUAUCCACAGACACAGGCCUGACUUGAUUGAUUACAGUAAACUCUCCAAGGACAACCCACUUGAAAACUUGAACACCGCAUUCGAUGUCGCGGAGAAGUACCUCGACAUACCCCGCAUGUUGGAUCCUGACGACCUUAUAAACACGCCCAAGCCGGACGAACGCGCCAUUAUGACCUAUGUGUCAUGUUACUACCACGCGUUCCAAGGCGCGCAACAGAAUACCGCCAUGCCGGACGAGAGAGCCGUCAUGACAUACGUCUCGUCCUACUACCAUUGCUUCUCAGGUGCUCAGAAGGCCGAAACCGCCGCGAACCGCAUAUGCAAAGUUCUCAAGGUCAACCAGGAGAACGAACGCCUCAUGGAAGAGUACGAACGCCUCGCUAGCGACUUAUUGGACUGGAUACGGCGCACCAUGCCGUGGCUGAACAGCCGUCAAACGGACAACUCACUCGCUGGCUGCCAGAAAAAACUGGAGGACUACCGUACUUACAGGCGUAAACACAAACCACCACGUGUAGAGCAGAAGGCCAAACUGGAGACUAACUUCAACACCCUACAGACCAAAUUGCGCCUUAGCAACCGUCCCGCCUACAUGCCAACUGAAGGCAAGAUGGUCUCAGACAUCGCUCAAGCAUGGAAGGGUCUGGAAAUCGCUGAAAAAGCAUUCGAAGAAUGGCUGCUGAGCGAGAUGAUGCGUCUUGAGCGUCUGGAAUACCUCGCCCAGAAGUUCAAGCACAAGGCUGAUAUCCACGAAGACUGGACCAGAGGUAAAGAAGAGAUGUUGCAGUCGCAAGACUUCCGUCAGUGCAAGUUGUACGAUAUUAAGGCUCUGAAGAAGAAGCACGAAGCCUUCGAGUCCGACCUCGCCGCGCACCAAGACCGCGUAGAGCAGAUCGCAGCCAUCGCGCAGGAACUCAACACGCUGGAGUACCACGAGGUGGGCGCCGUGAACGCGCGCUGCCAGCGCAUCUGCGGGCAGUGGGACCGCCUGGGCGCGCUCACGCAGCGCCGCCGCCUGGCGCUGGACGACGCCGAGCGCGUGCUGGAGCAGAUCGACCUGCUGCACCUCGAGUUCGCCAAGCGCGCCGCGCCCUUCAACAACUGGCUGGACGGCACUCGCGAAGAUUUGGUUGACAUGUUCAUCGUACACACCAUCGAGGAAAUCUCUGGCCUCAUGGACGCGCACGCUCGCUUCAAGGCCACACUGGGCGAGGCGGACAAAGAGUACCAGGCCAUCGUCAAUCUCGUCCACCAAGUCGAGUCCAUCGUCAAGCAACACCAAAUACCCGGAGGCCUGGAGAACCCCUACACCACGCUAACCGCACACGAGCUGAACCGCAAGUGGUCGGACGUUCGCCAGCUGGUCCCGCAACGCGACGGCACGCUGGCGGCCGAGCUCCGCAAGCAACAGAACAAUGAGACCCUGCGCCGACAGUUCGCAGAGAAGGCCAACGCUGUCGGACCCUGGAUCGAACGGCAGAUGGACGCCGUCACCGCUAUCGGCAUGGGCUUGCAGGGCUCUUUGGAAGACCAGUUGCACCGGCUGAAGGAGUACGAGGCAGGAGUAUACGCAUACAAGCCUCAUAUCGAAGAGCUCGAGCGUAUCCACCAAGCAGUACAGGAGGGCAUGAUCUUCGAAAACAGAUAUUCACAAUACACAAUGGAGACGCUGCGUGUAGGCUGGGAACAGUUACUCACCUCCAUCAACCGCACUAUCAACGAGGUGGAGAACCAGAUCCUCACACGCGACUCCAAGGGCAUCACGCAGGAACAACUCACCGAGUUCCGCGCUUCCUUCAACCACUUCGACAAGAACCGCACCGGUCGCCUGGCACCUGAAGAACUCAAGUCGUGCCUCGUGUCGCUGGGCUACAGCAUCGGCAAGGACCGCCAGGGCGAGCUCGACUUCCAGCGCAUCUUAGCUGUGGUCGACCCCAACAAUACUGGCUACGUGUCGUUCGAUGCUUUCCUGGACUUCAUGACGAGGGAAUCCACAGACACUGACACCGCUGAACAAGUCAUCGACAGCUUUAGGAUCUUGGCCGGUGACAAGCCGUACAUCACGGCGGACGAGCUGCGACGCGAGCUGCCGCCCGACCAGGCGGAGUACUGCGUGGCGCGCAUGCCGCCCUACCGCGGGCCCAACGCGCCGCCGCACGCGCUCGACUACAUGGCCUUCUCCACCGCGCUCUACGGCGAGACCGACCUCUAGAUCUUUCAUCAGAUAUAAUUUGAAAAAUCCUCAUCGCUCGAAGGUAAUACCUCGUUAUGGCUAGAGAGAUCAGCUCAGCCGCCAACAGCACUAACCAACGUGGCCGAAGAUGCGGUAUAAAAUAACAACACAAAAAUUAUUUUCUUAACUUGACCUUUGUAUUCGCCCUAACUUGGUCAAAUUAAUGCAAACAAUUUUUGUGACAAAUUUAGUCUUAAAACAGUUCUGUAUUAAAAAAAUGUGCAAUGUUAAAACCAAAAAUGCCAUUAACUUUCCUACCAUGUUCUUCUCCCUACUUUUGGCUCAAAUCAGAAGAAAUAUCCGUAUUUUAACUAUUUCUAUUUAUAUAUUAGUUAGGUAUCUUUUGUAUGAAAUUAUCAGGGAAGUCACAAAGUAAGUAUUUGUAAGUUAAAAGAUGGUGCUAAUGUUAGGCUUGACUAAUGUGUGACACCAAAAUAAGACUCAUUGACAUUGUAAGAAUGUUUUUGUUAUAUUUUAUUUAUUUAUAAGCAAACAUUAUUUAUACAAGUUUGAUUUUUUUAAAUUACUGCCAUUAGUAAUUAUUGUACUUUGAUGGUGAGUACAUUAAACUUUAUGUAAGUGGUUAAAUUUCAUAAAUGUUGCAGGGAAGUGUCACACAAAUUAUUUAUUAUCAUAGACCGCCAUAACUUGCCUGCAUCUAUUUAUUUAUCAUGAAUAUCAUUUUAUAUGAUAAUCGUUUGUGAGAGUAUUUUGGUAUGAGUACUCUAAAUAAAUGAUCUGCCAUA